AAAUAACCUUUUACAGUCCAGUUUCUCACCAACAAUGGAAAUUCCUUUCUCCAUAAAUCAUGAUAGGAAAUUUGAAAAAUAACUCCAGAAAGCCCGCCAUUCCAGACAACUCUGACCUCCAUGAUGAAAACUUGCGUCACCAGAUUUCAGAUAAUGGCCGGUCGCAGGCUCCUUCACCCGCCAUUUCUCUUCUUUUUCCUUUUCUUUUCCCUCUUUCGCGCCACCACUUCAAACGACACCGUGAACGCAACCCAACCGCUCAAAGACGGCGACGUAUUGGUCUCGGAAACCGGCAAAUUCGCCGUCGGAUUCUUCUCCCCCGGCCGCUCUACCAACCGGUACCUCGGCAUUUGGUUCCACGAAGUUCCCGAGAUAACGGUAGUCUGGGUAGCCAAUGGGAACAAUCCUAUUGCCGCCGGAGACUCCGGAAUCCUCUCAAUCGACUCCACCGGCAAUCUCGUACUCCUCGCCGGCGGCGAGCAGAAUCAGAAUCAAACUAGAACCCAGGUUCCAAUUUGGUCAACCAACGUCUCGGCCAAUCUCGUUUUCAAUUCUCCGCGCUCGGCGCGGAUUCUGGACUCUGGGAAUUUCGCGCUGUUCAGCAGUUCCAAUUCGACGAUUCUGUGGCAGAGCUUUGAUUACCCGACGAACACUUUCCUACCCGGAGCGAAACUCGGGCUGGACCGGGAAUCGGGUCUGGACCGGUUCUUAACCUCGUGGAGGUCCGAGGACGACCCGGGAACCGGGGAAUUCUCGUUUCGGGUCAACCCGAAGGGCUCCCCGCAAUUCUUUUUGUACAAAGACGGGAAACCUUACACUAGAAGCCUCCCUUGGCCGUGGGGGAGCUACGGCGACAUCUUCAACAUCUCGUUCGUGAACAACAGAGAAGAAGGAGCGAUCUUUCAAAUCACCCUGAACGACGAUUCGCUUCUCUUCUGGGAAGUCUUGGAUACGAAGGGGAUCUUGAGGGAGAAAAUCUGGCGAAAGGGCUACGACGGAUGGAAAGAGUACUGGGCGACCCCGACUCAGAAAUGCGAUACGUACAGACGCUGCGGCGGGAAUGGUUUGUGCGAUCCGAGCAAUGACAACACUUUUGAGUGUUCUUGCCUGCCUGGUUAUGAACCCAGGUCGCCGAGAAGCUGGCGAUUGUUCGAUGGGUCCGGUGGGUGCGUUAGGAAGCCAUCGAAAUUGGGAUCGAAAUUGGAAUUGGAAUUGGGAACUUCGGAUGGGUUUUGUGGGGCGGGAGAAGGGUUUGUUAGAGUGCCGAAGGUGAAGGUUCCGGAUAGUUCACGAGCAGUUUGGAUUGGAAAGGAAGAUGGCUGGGAACUGAGCUGCGAACGCGAGUGCAGGAAGAACUGUUCAUGUUCUGCGUAUACUGAAAUAGAUGCUGCUUUGAAGGGCAAAGGUUGCUUGUUAUGGUAUGGAGAACUGGUGGAUACAGUGUAUUUCCCUGCCAGUUCCCAGGAUUUGUAUGUUCGUGUUGAUGCAGAGGAAUUUGCUAACUAUCAGGGUGGAUUGAACGAUUCGCUUGAGUUGAAGUUGAAGUUGAGCAUUCUUCUGCCAUCUAUUGGUUCAGCAUGGCUUCUUGUUAUCGUGUUUGCCUUCUUUUGGCUCAGGAAGUGGCGAAGCAGGUCAGAUGAUACCUUGGUGUGUUUGAGGACAGUAAAGAAGAGAAGGAUCAGAAAUUUAUUCCAUCCAGAUAAUGGUUCAAACCACUUCAAUGAUUCUGUGGUUGGGGAGGAAAUGGAGGGUCAUUCAGUAUACCCUGAGUUGCCAUUCUUCAACGUCAAUGCCAUUCGAGCUGCUACCAACAAUUUUUCUCCAGCUAACACGCUUGGAAGAGGAGGUUUUGGCUCUGUACACAAGGGGAGACUACCGAAUGGACAAGAAGUUGCAGUGAAACGGCUGAGCAAAAAUUCAAGGCAAGGCCUUGAACAAUUCAGGAAUGAAGUCCUAUUGAUUGCAAAACUCCAACACCGGAAUCUUGUGAAGCUCCAUGGAUGCUGCAUCGAGGACGAAGAGCAAAUGCUAAUUUAUGAGUACUUGCCCAACAGAAGUUUGGACCUUUUUCUUUUUGAUCGAACAGGAUGCAGAGUAUUGGAUUGGACAAGGCGUUUCAAUAUCAUAGUUGGCAUUGCACGUGGAAUAUUGUAUCUUCAUCAGGAUUCGAGGUUCCGAAUCAUCCAUCGAGACUUGAAAACCAGCAAUAUUCUCCUGGAUGGAGAUCUGAACCCCAAGAUCUCAGAUUUCGGCAUGGCUAAGAUACUCGAGGCUGACAAAGUUUAUGGGAAGACGGCCGGCAUUGGUGGAACUUAUGGUUACAUGUCACCAGAGUACGCAGUGUUCGGGAAAUUUUCUGAAAAGUCUGAUGUUUUCAGUUUCGGUGUCAUAUUGCUUGAGACAAUAACCGGCAAGAGGAUCAAUAGAAUCUACUCAGAAGAUGACAACUUGAAUUUGAUAACCUAUGUAUGGGAGCACUGGAAGGAAGACAAAGGAUUAGAGGUCGUGGAUUCUUCGAUGGAGGGUUCUUUCAAUGCUCAGGAAGUUUUGAAAUGCAUCCACAUUGGGUUGUUAUGUGUAGAGGAAGAUUUUCGAGAUCGACCUAAUAUGUCGACGACGGUUCUUAUGCUGAACACUGCUAUGCCUCUUCCUCGCCCCAAGCAACCUGGGUUUCACGGUACAAGCUGCUUCAACAAAUCCAGAGCAGCAGAAGGAUCAUGCUCUGUGAACGAGUUCAUAACCAUCGAUCACCAUGGUCGAAAUUCGCGCCAAAGCAACUUCCUUAUAAUGGGCGGGAAAAUCAUUCUCCUCCCGCCAUUUAUCUUCUUCUUCCUCUUUCGCGCGGCCGCUGGCAACGAUACCGUAACCUCAACACAACCACUCAGAGACGGCGACGUUUUGGUCUCCGAAACUGGUAAAUUCGCUCUCGGAUUCUUCUCCCCUGGCCGUUCUUCCAACAGAUACCUCGGCAUUUGGUUCUACCAAGUUCCCCGGCAAUCCGUCGUCUGGGUAGCCAACCGGAACAACCCCAUCGCCGCCGGCGAUUCCGGAAUCCUCUCAAUCGAUGAUGCCACCGGCAAUCUCGUCCUUCACGAACGAAAUAAAAUUCCUAUUUGGUCAACCAACGUCUCGGCCAAGCUCGAUUCUCUGCCCUUUGCGCGGAUUCUGGAUUCAGGGAAUUUCGCGUUGUUCAGUAAUCAAAAUUCGACGGUGGUUCUCUGGCAGAGCGUGGAUUACCCAACAAACACAUACCUACCGGGAGCGAAGCUCGGGUUGGAUCGGAAAUUGGGCCUGGAGCGGUUCAUAACCUCAUGGAGAUCUGAGGACGACCCGGGAACAGGGCAAUUCUCGUUCCGGGUGAACCCGAAGGGUUCCCCGCAAGUCUUCCACUACAGAGGGGAAGGAAGGAAAACCCCUUACGCCAGAAGCUUCCCCUGGCCGUGGAAAAGCUUCACCGACAUUUUCAACGGCUCGUUCAUCAACAACGAAGACGAAGUUUCCUUCUCCAUUUUCUUGACUGAAGAAGAUUCUUUUCUCUUCUGGGUAGCUAUAGAUCCGGCCGGGAUCCUCCGGGAGAAGAUCUGGCGAAAGGGUUACGACGAUUGGAAGGAGUAUUGGGCGACCCCGACUCAGAAAUGCGAUUCGUACGGACGUUGCGGCCCCAAUGGUGUGUGCGAUCCCAGUAAUGGCAACGCUUAUGAGUGUUCUUGCUUACCUGGAUAUGAACCCAGUUCGCCGCGAAGCUGGCGAUUGUUUGAUGGGUCUGGUGGGUGUGUCAGGAAAAGGUUGCGAAAUUCUGAUGGGUUUUGUGGGCUGGGAGAAGGGUUCGUGAGAAUGCUGAAGGUGAAGGUUCCUGAUACUUCAGGAGCCGUUUGGAUUGACAGGCGUGGCGGUGGUAGUGAAGUAAGCUGUGGGCGUGAGUGCAGGAAAAACUGUUCUUGCUCUGCGUAUGCUGAAAUGGAUGGUGCUGGAGAUGAGAGUGUUUGCAUGUUAUGGUAUGGAGACUUGGUGGAUACUGUGUAUUUCCCUGUGACUUCCCAAGAUCUGUAUGUUCGAGUUGAUGCAGUUGAAUUUGCUCAUUAUCAGGCAGGAGUAAUCGACACUGCUGAGCUGAGGUUGAAAUUGAGCAUUGUCCUGCCAUCUGUUGCUUCAACCUGGACAGCAAAGAGGAGAAGGAUCAGAAAUUUGUUCCAUCCAAAUGAUGGUUCAAGUCGAUCCACUGUUCAUGUGAUGACAGAGGAAACGGAUGGAAGUUCAGCGUAUCCCGAGCUGCCAUUUUUCAGCUUCAGCACCAUUCGUGCUGCUACCAACAAUUUUUCCUCAGCUAACAAGGUUGGACAAGGAGGGUUUGGCGUUGUGUUCAAGGGGAGACUACCUAGUGGACAAGAUAUCGCUGUUAAAAGGCUUAGCGAAAAAUCAAGCCAAGGCCAGGAACAGUUCAGGAAUGAAGUACUGUUGAUUGCAAAGCUCCAACAUAGGAACCUUGUUAAGCUCUAUGGAUGUUGCAUUGAGGAAGAAGAACACAUUCUGGUUUAUGAGUACUUGCCUAAUAAAAGUUUGAACCGUUUUCUUUUUGAUCGGAAACAAGGAGCAACAUUGGAUUGGAGGACACGCUUCGACAUCAUAAUUGGUAUUGCACGAGGAAUCUUGUAUCUUCAUCAGGAUUCGAGGUUCAGAAUCAUUCAUCGAGACUUGAAAACCAGCAACAUUCUCCUAGAUGAAGAGCUUAACCCCAAAAUUUCAGAUUUCGGCUUGGCUAUGGUUCUUGAAGCCGACCGUUGUCAUGGGAAGGCAGCCAACAUCGGAGGAACUAUUGGUUACAUGUCGCCAGAGUACGCAGUGCAAGGUGUAUACUCUGAAAAAUCCGAUGUCUUUAGUUUCGGGGUCAUAGUGAUUGAAAUGGUAACCGGCAUGAAGAUCACUAGACGCUUUGAAGGAGAUGAAAACAUGAGCUUAAUAGCCCACGUGUGGACGCUAUGGAAGGAAGACAGAGCGAUGGAGGUUGUGGAUUCAUCAAUGGUGGGGGGAAUGCACAAUGCUGAGGAAGUAUUGAGGUGCAUCCAAAUUGGGCUGUUAUGCAUGGAGGAAAAUGUCGAGGAUCGACCUAAUAUGAUGACAGUGGUUAUUAUGUUGAACAGUGCAAUGCCUCUUCCUCGUCCCAAACAACCUGCGUUUGCCGGUGGCAGCAGCUGCUUGAACCAUCAACCUGCAGGAGGAACGCAUGCCUCAUGUUCUGUAAACGACCUGACCCUGACAGGAGUCAUGAUACGCUGAUUCUUCGUGGCUGCAGUUGGGAAAACAUGGUUGAUGUUUGUUUGUCCACCUUUCCACUGGAUAUGCGCUCUAUCGCGCUACUGUGGCGUAUUUGGAAGUCGCGAAACUUGGUGGUAUUUGUAUGGACUGAGGCGAGAAUGGAUCGGGGUGCCUGCUUGUAGUGACUGAGCUCUGGUACGGGUGGAUGGUUCAGUCGGAAUAGGCACGAGCUUGGAAAUAGCAUCCAUUGUUUGUUCGUUUGAUGGUGCAAUUCGUGCAGGAUCUCAUUCUGCGUUAGAUCUGGUGUUGAAGGAUGAUCAAGGACCAUUUCCAUGAGAAGUUGGUAGCUCUUCCCGAUGCUUUUAGAUGGUGCGUUGAUUUGGGAUUGCAGGGCUAGGAAGUGGUUCUUGAAGGUGACGAAAAGGUGGUGAUUCAGCAGAGUUGGCGCAAUUCAUUCAAGAUGUGAUCUUUGAAGAGACUCGGGGUCUAUGCGAGUCUUGACCGAUUUGGCGAAUUCAUUGCCUUUGGGAUAAUAGGUAACCUGAUUGGUUAAUUUGAUUGACCAAUU